GACAGUUAUUCAAUAUGCUGUUAAGUGUCAAGUUAUGAAUCUCUACUAUAUAGACCAACUGUCAGUCCAUACAAUGGAAGUCAAUACAAUGCCAAAGUUGUUGGUAUAUACUCUUAUUAUAAAGGCCCUCUUCUCUCUCCUCCUCCUCAUGUCAGGCGAUGUUGAACUCAACCCAGGACCUGAUCCAAAGAGCAUACUACAGAAGUAUUCAGCUAACCUAUCCAAAGCAAUAUCAGCUGAUGUUAACAAUGUAGUUAAUGCAUUGUUUGCCAAGAAGCUAAUACCACAAGGAACUAAAGACUAUGUAGUGACAGUAGUUGGUGUAGCUAAUGCUGAUAAAGCUGAUAGAGUAAUAAAUGAUGUCAUGGGUCAGUUAGAAGCUGUUCUUGAUAAAAGACAGUAUUUAGUUAAAGUGUGUAAUGUAUUGAUUGAACAAGGUGCAGCAAUAGAAGAGAUAGGAAAUGUUAUGCUUACAGAACUAGGAGAAGACACUACUACUGUCCAGCCUCCUACUCCAGAUGGAUCUAGUAUUGCUAGUGAAAGCUCUGGUUCUGUACUGAAAGCCAAAGGCAAGGAGCUUGAUAUGAAAACAGUCACAAAGAUAUUUAGUUCUUCUGCUCACCAUUACAGACUGAUAGGGAUUGGAUUGGAUGUAAAUGUGGCUGAUCUGAAAGAUGCAGGGGAUGCAACUAAUAAUCUUAUCACAGUAUUCCAGAGGUGGUUUGAUGCCAAUAAAGAUGUCAGUUGGGAUACUUUAAAAGAACUUUGUGACAACUAUCCUGAUCAACUGGGCAAAGCAAAGGCUAAGCUAAAUAAAGAACUUGGUUUAUAGUCCUUAAAAGAAUGAUAGUAGCUGCUCAUUUAAAAAAUUUUUUUUAAUUUCUUUUGUGUUAUCUUUUCAAUAAUAAUUUUGCAUUUAUAAAAAGCACCUCCCACGCAUUUAUGACCUAGUUAAUUAAUAGUAAAGCCACGCCCCUCAUCCAGUCUU